AAAUGGCUUAACGUCGUUGACCCAAGCUCCAAUUAUUCAACUGCACUGGCGCUUCGUGAACCUGGUACGGGUAAUUGGCUUCUCCGGGGACGCGAGUAUAUGGAUUGGAAGGCAGGCAGAGGAGGGGUUCUCUGGCUUCACGGUAUACGUAAGUUUACCGACGGAUGAAAUCUAAUGCUUCAAUGAAUGUCAUUAAUAUCUGUCUCUUGUAGCCGGAUGCGGCAAAAGUGUGCUGAGGUACGAACUCAACCGGGUAUCCGAAGGUACAAUAUGAUUUCCUUAUUGCUAACUCUGUCUUUAGCGCUACUGCUAUUGAAGAUGUUGAAAAUCUGUGCAACUCGAACGACGAUCACGCAUUAGCAUAUUUCUACUUUACCUUUAGUGACUCGGAGAAGCAAAAUUUGGAGAAUAUGCUUCUAUCCAUCAUUGGCCAACUUCCAAAAAGGCCUUCGGAGCUGGGCUUGCCGGCUGAGGUUGUAGAUCUGUACAACAGCACCGGUGCAAUUCGAAAGUCGCCGGGUACCAAGGCUCUGAAAGACGUAUUGUCGCGGAUUAUAAAGGGUUUCAAGAAGACAUUUGUCAUUUUAGAUGCCUUGGACGAGUUCCCGAAGGCCAUACGCGGGAGCCUCCUAUCUUGGAUUGGCGAGCUCAGGGCAGAUCAUAAUGAGGGAUCACUUUCAAUUCUUGUCACUAGUCGCCCCGAGGGCGAUAUAGUAGGGUCACUGGAGCGACUCGACCCUUUUGCAAUAUCGUUACAAUCCAGCACGAUCGAUCCUGAUAUCCUCGCAUAUAUACGGAACUCUCUAGCCAUGAAGGAUGAUUUCCGGAAAUUUACCCCAGAAAUCAAGAGUGAGAUAGAGGAAAAGCUUGUUUCGGGUUCACAGGGAAUGUGGGUUAUACCCAAUCAUCGAAUCCCUACUUAUGCUAAUCGUGCGACGUGUGUUUGCAGGUUCCGAUGGGUAGAUUGUCUCCUACGAAUUCUGGAAGAUUGCAUAACGCCAAAAUCUGUGCGGGAUGCAUUGCGGGAACUCCCGAAGGACUUAGACUCUAUCUACGAGAGGAUCCUCGACACCAUUCCUGAGAAGCUGAAGGAAUAUGUUGGGCGAGCGAUGAAUUGGCUAGCGUUUUCGACGGUACCAUUGACAUUAGGCCAGCUCGCCGAGGCCAUUGUGAUACAAUACGAUGUCAACAGGUAUGGCGAGGAUUCGGAAAAUCUUUUUGACAUAGAGUCCCUCAUAAGCAUUUGUCCUAGCCUUAUUUCCUAUGGAGAUGCUAGGGGCAAUCAAUCUUCCACCCAGGAAAGCCAGCGAUUACGACUAGCACAUUUCUCGGUAAAGGAAUAUUUGAUCUCCGAACGGGCGGCUCAGGCCUCCAGUGCUUACUAUCAUAUCUCGGAAGAUGAAGCCAAUUUACGGAUGGGGCACGCUUGCCUUAGUCGAAUA